AUGUUGGUGGCAUCGCCCAAGACCCAGCAGUAUCCCCAGCUAACCACGGCAUUGGUCGUUUGCCGUGAAUGUCUACACAAGCACAACGUGGAAUCGCUCGCUCACGUCGUGACCCUCGUCGACGAAUAUCUGAAUCCGUUUUCGUCGCGCAAAAAGGUUGGGCGAGCGUGCAGAUUGGGCCUUCCAAGGCGAGCACUUGAGUACGCUGCAGCGCGUGAUCCGGAUUGGGAUAAUGGUCAGUAUAUGGCGGCGGCUGCUGUUAUUCGAGGCUUCAUUCAUGUGCUGCAGUGGCUAAACGAAUGUUACCCGGAACGCACUUCAUGGGGCGACGGCCACGAAGGUUUAAGUCGAUGUGGACGCUUUUUAAUGGAUACAGCAGCCGAGCACGGCCAACUUCCUGUAAUGCAGUGGUUACACGCGAACCGAAGUGAAGGAUGCACGUAUCGAGCGAUGAAUUACGCUGCAGCAAGCGGUCGUUUGGAUAUGGUCCAGUGGAUUCACGAGAAUCGAAGCGAACCCUGCAGCACGGAGGCGAUGGAUUAUGCUGCAGGUAAAGGCCAUCUCGAUGUUGUGCAAUUUCUUCACCAGAAUCGAAAGGAAGGAUGUACGAACCAUGCCAUGAUCAGUGCUGCUGCGAAUGGGCACUUGGAGAUGAUACAAUGGCUCUACGCGAACAGGAACGAACGGAUGCCGGCGAAUACAAUACGGGUUGCUGCAAAAUAUGGGCAUCUCAACGUGGUGCAGUGGUUAAGUGAGAUUGUCUGGAAAGAACCCAAAGGCGAAGCGUGUAUUCGAGAUGCUGCUCAAGUCGCGUUUCAAGCAGGCCACAUUGAAGUGACACAGCAACUUGAGCAGAUAUUUACCCGUGAAAGCUUCCAAAAUGUACAAUAA